UGGAUUUGUUGAGAUCCGGCGAUGAUGCUCACUCAACUGCAAUUACCAAAAAUAGGGGAAAUUCUCCCACGAACUAUUUAGCGCGUAGGUCUCUAUUUAGCAAACUCCUGGACAAAACCUUAUUCGCAUCGAACUGAAAACUCUGCCGUGCUCCGCCGUUCACAGUCAAACUCACAACCUCCGACAACUAAACCCCUAACUCCACCUCUCUCUCAAUUUCUUAGGGGUUUUAUCCGCUGCAUAUACUAAGCAUGAGACCUCGCAAGGCGGACGCCUCGAAACCGCCGACCGCUAAGAAAACGCCGUCGGCGGAACCGCCUAAGGCACAACCGGCGGCUUACCCGCCGGACUUAGAAGUGGCCACACCGAAAACCGUCGAUACAAAGCGCGCUUGUGCCGGCCGAGUGAAGCAGGCCAAGAAGAACGAAACGACACCGCCUGCUGAUUCGAAGUCCCCCAAACCAUCAGUAGCUGAGGGGGCUGAGGGAUCAGCUGAUACUGCUAAGGUGGCACCGGCGGCGAAAGUUGGUGUGGCGAGAAAAGUACCUGCGAAAAGGUCGCGGGUGAAACUGAAGACAUCAGCUAAAUCUGUUUCACCUCAGACACCGAAAUUGGGGGGAUCGGGGAAGGCGGAACUAGAUGCAGUGAACAAGGGGCAGGCGGCAGAUGGUAGUGAUGUGGAAGUCAGAGAGAAGAAACCGGUUGCUGAGAAUGUUGGGGAGUCUGCAAAGAAGGACGAAAGCAUUGUGGAAGUUGAAGUAAGCACUGUUGAGAAUGUUGGAGAGCCUGCAACAAUCAAACAAACAACCAUUGAAGUAAAAGUAAACCUGAAUGAAGAUAAAGAGGAUCCCGAAGAGGAAGAGGAUCCUGUUGAGGAGGAGGAUCCUAUCGAGGAAGAGGAUUCCGUUGAGGCUGUAAAAUCAGUAGCUGGGGACGUUUCAGAGUCUUCUGAGAACGCACUAGCUUGUGAUGUAAAAGAGGGAGUGGAAGUGAUUGAGGAAGAGGGUCCUAUCAAGGAAGAGGAUCCCAUUGAGGCAGAAAAAUCUUUAGUUGCGGAGGUUUCAAAGUAUUGUGAGAACGAACCAGCUUGUGAUGUAAAAGAGGGAGUGGAAGUGAAAGAAGACCAUAAGGAAAAGUCGGAGAGAGUAGAUGUGAAAGGAGAUCAGGAGGAGUCAGUGGAUAAUGGAGAUGAAGUCGAGACCUGUAUUGAGGCUACUAACAAGGUAGAAAAUGCCAAAGAGGGGUUACAAGGAGAAGAUAUUGAGCGUGCUAAAGAGGUGUUUAAUGGUGAUGAACGGAUGGAAGAGUAUGGUGAAAAAUUGGAUCUGGGAGAACUUGGAGAGGAGGAACUUCCUGAGGAUUAUGUAGACGAUCCUGCAGAAGAAACUGAGAGAUUGGCUGAUGAACAUAAGGAAUUUACAGCCAUUGCAAAUGAGCGCAAGAUGAGGAAAGAACGUGAGAUAUUUCUUGGUGGGCUUGAUCGGGAUGCUGUGGAGGAAGAUGUGAGAAGGGUCUUUGAGAGGAUUGGAGGGAUAGUUGAAGUUAGGUUACACAAGAAUCCUUCAUCUAAUAAGAACAAGGGUUAUGCAUUUGUGGAGUUUGAAAAUAAGGAGUAUGCAAGACGUGCUUUGUCUGAAAUGAAAAACCCUGUUAUACAGGGGAGGCGAUGUGGGACAGCACCUAGUGAGGACAAUGACACGUUGUUCGUGGGUAAUAUAUGCAAUACCUGGACAAAGGAAGCUAUUAAACAGAAACUGAAGGAUUAUGGUGUGGAAGGUGUUGAGAACAUAAAUCUUGUCCCAGAUGUUCAAAGUGAUGGGUUGAGCCGCGGUUUUGCAUUUAUUGAAUUCUCUUGUCAUGGUGAUGCUUUGCUUGCAUACAAGAGGCUUCAGCAGCCCGAUGCUAUAUUUGGCCACACUGAAAGAACUGCCAAAGUGGCUUUUGCUGAACCUAUACGUGAGCCUGACCCAGAGAUCAUGUCCCAAGUGAAGUCCGUAUUUGUGGAUGGGCUUCCACCUCAUUGGGAUGAGGACAGAGUUAGAGAGCAAUUUAAAUGCUAUGGUGAAAUCUUACGCGUUGUUCUGGCUCGGAACAUGUCUACAGCCAAGCGGAGGGAUUUUGGAUUUGUUGAUUUCUCUACCCAUGAAUCUGCUGUGGCCUUUGUUGAUAGUAUAAAUAACAUAGAACUGGUGGAUGGGAAUUCAAAGGUAAAAGUGAAAGCAAGACUUUCAAAUCCUUUACCUAAAACUCAGGCUGUGAAGGGUGGAAUGUGCGGUGGAUUUCGAAUUGGUCGUGGUGGUGGUAGUGGUAUCUUUCCAAGAUCUGGACGGGGUUUUGGUCGCGGUGGACAUCAUUUCCACCGUGCAAAUUUCCAACCCGACAGACAUUUCUAUCCUGGUGGACGUGGUCAAACUGGCAGGAUGGGUUUCCAGAAUGAAUAUGACUUCAAUUACCCAUAUGAGUUUCAUGGACGAGGGGGAAGAAGGGGCUCCUUCAGGGGCGGCCGUUAUGGAUUUAAUGGAGGUGCUCCAGUUGCUGCCCCACCAUCAAGACCCUACACAGAUCAACCUUGGCAUGAUGCCCCUGAUAGAGGCUAUGGUAUGCAUAUUCCUCCUAGGAGGCAUCCAUAUUCUCCAGGUCCAGGACACCUUGAUGGACCAUUCAUGGGGGUUCAUUUUGACGAUCCUUAUUUUUAUGAUGAUAACGCACAUGGAAUAAAACGCGCAUUUCAUAUGAGAGACUAUGAUCAUGACUACUCGGAGUCUAGUAGUCGUCGCCCACGGUUGGAUUACACUGAUCCAGCAGCUUCGUUUCGAGGAAACCAUUAUAGGGAUACGUAUGGAGCUGGCAGCAGUGCCUACCCUCAUGAUUAUUAUGGUCCCAAAUAUAAUUCUGGUCCAUAUUCAUCUUAUUACGGGAGCAAUUACUCAUAUGGAGGUGGCCGCUACUAUUAGACUCAAGAACUUUUUGGUGUACUUUAUCAAAGAUGGGCUACCGGCUUGCUGUUAGAAAGAAGUUGCAUAGUUUUUUCUCUUCUCUAUCUUCAUCUUUCUUUUCGUCCUUUUCUAUCUGUCUUCUUUACUUGUUAGUUGCCCAUUAAGUUAAUUUUCGGUAGGAUUUCCAAAUCUUUUCUGUUCGUAGUUUAGGUAGUCUCCAAGGGUCUUGACUUAGAAACUAGUAAUUAUGUGUAUAGUGGAGGUCAAAAGAGACUUACCCAUUAGGCAUGGACAACUCGAUGAACUUUGUUGUCGUUGUUCUUUUGAAGUUAAGGUACUUGUUUCAUCCCUAUCCAUAAAUACCGACCCGGGCCAAUUAUUUGUUGAUUGCAGUUAAUUUUGUGGUUUAGAGAAAUCAAGUUUGGUGGUUUUAGAGAUGAAAGGUUUUCAGUUUAGGGUUUUUCCUUUUUCAUGGAGAUGCAAGGGUUAAGAUUAAACAUGCAGAUGAAGAUAAACCAACUGUUUUUUAUGGAGAGACAAUACGCAUGAAUUAUGGAGUUCUCUUCGAAAUAAAUGAGAAACUUGAAUGAUUAUAUUCUCA